AUGACAUCUGAUCUUGUGAAUGAUUCAAAGCUAUCCGUCCAGUUCUCCGAGAAAGAAACCCGUCAUGUAGUUUUCGAAUCGGAUGCUAGACCUGGAUGUCAGGUCCGACGACAACGAAAGGAAGAAAGUUGGAAAAGAGUAAAACUUCUUGGAAAAGGAGGCGGCGGGAGUGUUUGGCUGGAACGGUGUUUGGGUGUUGACAGUCAACCGAAAAUUCGCGCUGUGAAAGUCAUCCCUAAAAAUACAUCUUUCUCUCAAGAUAUCGAUUACACGCGCGAGCUAGAAGCAAUUGCGAAAUUUUCUCAAAUGAAGGUACGGGCACUUCUUCUUAUACACCUAUUCCACUGCCUGGCUGACUAUGGUAAGUAUGAGGGCUUCUUUGUUAAAUCUUUCGGGUGGUAUGAUGACGCCGACUGUGCCUACAUCGCAAUGGAAUACUUCGAAUUCGGCGAUCUUGAAAAAUGUCUAAGGCAGCCAUUACCGGAGUCGGAGUCCCAGCAAAUUACGCAUCAGCUUUUGGAAGGCCUUGAGCAGCUGCAUUUGAAUGGAUAUGCCCAUCGGGAUUUGAAACCAGCUAAUAUAUUUGUGGUCCAGAAAAGCCCACACUGGUGGGUCAAGAUCGGCGACUUUGGGAUCAGCAAACGUGUCAAUGACGGACAAACAGCUCUUCGAACGGCGAUCGGCACGCUUGGCUUCAUCGCACCCGAGGUUCUUGAACACAAUGGGUCGGAUUCUCAAUACACUGCAAAGGUGGAUAUGUGGUCCCUUGGUGUUUUGGUGCACUAUAUGAUCACCAAAACGCUCCCGUUCGAUGAGAAGCGCAAAUUACAUGACUACAUACGGACCUGUCGUUUCCCCUCGGAGGAAUUGGCCUUUUACGGCGUUAGCAAAGAUUGCCACAGCUUUGUUUCAGAGGGCCUGAUGACAAUAACAGCUGAUAACCGGCUAUCGGCAAGUGAUGCUUUACGGCAUCAAUGGCUGAGAGAUAGCCAUGCGUCAGGCACCAACAGAGAAGCACAUGAGGCCAAUGGGACGGAAUAUGGGCCGGUCGUAGGACAAAUAAAUGGAGGAGAUAUGGAAUUGAGUUCUAGGACAACGUCUGUAUCACUGAAGUCGACAGAAGCCUUAGCAAGGUGGACUACCCAAGCUGGAACAGAACUUCAACUUCCAGUAGGCAUCAAAGAUGAGGUCACAUGGGGGCCACAGGGCAAACCUACAGUCAUACAGCAGUCCGUAUCUACAAAACCAAGUGAUGGCUCCGAUCUGCCGGAUGACUUGCACACAUAUCAUGACGAAGGGCUAUCAUUACUGGGCCAACAGCAGUACUCAGGCGCCAGGAGAAGGCUGCAGAAGGCUUUCGACCUGCGCGAGAAUGCGCUUGGUGCCUAUUACGAGGACACACUGGCUUCUCUUGAUGCUUUAGGCGACGCUAUCUAUGGUCAGGGGAUGUAUACCGAGGCCGAAGCCGUAUACCGAGAUGCCUGGGUGAGGAAAAAACGAGCUCUUGGCCAGAAGCACACCGAAACUGUCAAAUCUUUACACAAGCUCACUAGGGCUCUCCGGAACUUAGAUAACUAUCCCGAGGCCGAACUCUUGUACAGGGAUGCCUGUAAAGAUCAGAAGGGGGCAGGUGGGGAAGACCCCAAAGAACUACUAGAAUGUCUUUGUGAAUUGGGCGAUCUUCUUCUAUGCCAAGACAAGUUUGACGAAGCCGAAGGCGUGUACCGAGACGCCUGGGAAGGCCAGAAGCGGCUUCUUGGGGAGAACUGUGAAGAAACGCUGCAAUCUCUUCAUAGAUUAGGGAAGGCCCUUUCUGGCCAGGGGAAGCAUGCCGAAGCCGAAGGCUUGCACCGGGAGGUCUGGGAAGGUCGGAAGCGGCUUCUUAGGGAGAAUUAUGAUCGCAAGCUGCGAGGUCUUCAUGAGUUAGGUGAGGCUUUUUCUCGUCAAGGGAAGCAUGCCGAAGCCGAAAUCUUGCACCGGGACGCCUGGGAAGGUCGGAAGCGGCUUCUUGGGGAGAACUGCGAAGAGACGCUGGAAUCUCUUCAUAACUUAGGGAAGGCCCUUUCUGGCCAGGGGAAGCAUCCCGAAGCCGAAGGCUUGCACCGGGAGGUCUGGGAAAGUCGGAAGCGGCUUCUUGGGGAAAAUUGUAAAGAAACGCUGGAAUCUCUGGUAUCAGUGGGCGAGGAUCUUGUCGGCCAAGAGAAGUAUGCUGAAGCCGAGACAGUAUACCGAAAAGUUUGGACGGGGCGCAAAAACGUGUUUGGAACAAACGCUCUGACUACACUAUCGUCUCUCGGCUCUCUGGCCGAGGUUCUUCAGUCCCAGGGAGAAUACAGCAAAGCCGAAGCAGUAUAUCGACAGGUGUGGGAAGGGAAUAUAGAAGCAUAUGGAGCAAAUCAUGAAUUCACAUUUUGGGGUCUCCUUCCCCUGGGCCACGUUCUCCGGUCCCAGGAAAAAUACGCCGAAGCCGAAGCAGUAUAUCAACAGGUCUGGGAGGAGGGUAAGGAAGCCCUUGGGGAAAACGACGUGACCACACUUCAGGCUCUUGGUCACCUCAUUGAGGUCGUCUAUGAUCAAGGCAACUACACCAAAGCUGAAAGAUUACAACGUCAGGUUUACGAGGCUCGCCGGGUACUACUCGGACCUAGCCACAGGGAUACACUCUCCUCUCUUCACACCCUAGGCACAUAUCUAGACCUCCAGAAAAACUAUGCAGGGUCCGCAGUUACUUUCCGACGAGCUUGGGCAGGGCGCAGUGAAGCCUUAGGUGCGUCCCAUCCAGACACAUUCGAGUCUUAUCAGGGCCUCAGUCGUGCUCUUCAACGCUCUUCGCCAUCCACAAAAACAGCAAACAAGACCAAGGGCAGUUCACGAAAAGGCUUUGGGCUAUUCCGGAAAUAA